UUUGAUGGCUUUACAGUUACCUCUAUUCCAUUUAUUGUGGUAGCGUGGCUGCAUCACCUCUCUCUCUCUCUCUCUCUCUCUCUCUGUGUCGAAUGAGCUCCAGCUUUAAUAGAUAGCAGCCUAUUAUAUCAGUUUCACCCAGAUAGAGCGUACACCUAAAAAAAAAAAUAGAGAGAACCUUGGCGGACUUUGUAAAGCUUUAGAGUAGUAGGGCGUUUUCCGUAAACAAAGCUGGAAAGGAUAUUUUCUCUCUUUCCCUUGUUGGAUAACGAAAAUACCAUACACACACACACAACACACCAUGGUGCUGACUCCAUUACGACAUUCCGUUCGAUUCGUUGCAUUACGGCAAACAACAAUAACAUUAACACGCUCAUUCCAUGCUGCCGCACCUGCCGCCUCACACAUUGGCCGAAAAGCCAUUAGUUUUUCCGACGAUGUCAAGAUUGAACAUGACCUGACACCCAUCUCCACACCACGCAUUCCCUCCGAAUUAAACAACACGACGCUGACGGUGACAGGACCUCUCGGUCAACAGAAACUUGUCAUUAAGCCAUUCGUUAACGUUGCCACAAAAGCGGCUUCGCCCGACGAUCCCAAUUCGCAGAACCGUGUUGAAGUGUCGGUACAAGAUCCCGAGAUCAAGCAACAGCGUGCCAUGUGGGGUACUACCCGUGCACUGAUAAGUAAUGCCAUCACCGGCGUCUCUGACGGCUAUCGUGUCAUGCUGCGUCUGAAUGGUGUCGGUUAUCGUGGUGUGUUGGAAAACAACGAUCGUUCCUUGUCGCUCAAGUUGGGUUAUUCGCAUCCAGUCAUCAUGGAUUUGCCUCAAGGCGUCACCUGUGCUAUCCCCCAACCUAAUCGAUUGAUCUUGCAAGGCACCGAUUUGCAAAUUGUCACCGAGUUCGCUGCAAAGAUUCAACGGUGGAGAAAGCCCGAACCUUAUAAUCAGAAGGGUAUCUUUAUCAAUGAUGAAACAAUCAAGAAGAAGGAAGGCAAGAAGAAAUAGACAUAAAUUCCCAUCCUCCCCCCCCCCUUUCCCUCCCUUUCAUCAUCCCCUUUAAACAUUUAUAUUUUUACUCUUUUGUAUACAAGAAAAAAAAAGUUCUACAAAUUGUGCAUAUAAAAGUAAAUUUUUUCAUCCUCU